UGCAGGGAUGCUAUUGCUAAUAUCCUGCGGGUGCUGGCAGCUCUUUUCCUUGUGGACGCUCCAUUCGUUCCCCCUAUCUCAGACCCAAACACCGCUCCCACGAGACUCCAGCUCCCCGUCGGGCUCCGGCGAAGCGGGAUAACGAUCCCCCAGGCCCUGCGAGCAGGCAGCUUCUCCCUCUUCUCCAGCCUCGAACGCUUCUUCUCGCACGCCUGGCACCUGGAGAAUCUGGAUCACGACGAGCUGUCCCCAGCCGCGUGGCUGUACCUCUUCGCGAGCUCCUGCUGGAUGGACAACCUGGCGUUCCACACGGUUCGACUGCAGCAGCUCGCGUUCGAGGAGAUCCCGACCGGGCCAAGCAUUCAACAGAACACCGAGCUUCACGAGGCUAGGAGAAAGAUCGCCAUUCUGGCCAAGGACGUCGCAAACAUGCUGCAUUGGAUGCCGUCUUCGGUGCGUGACGAUGUAGCCAAGGCUCAACGUGAGGGCGCUUUCGUGUGGUUCCCAGACGACGCGGCGCGGCAGGUGAUCAGCGAGGCAAAAGCGCUGGACCAGUUCGUCAUGGACACGUUCCAGCUGCUCAUGAGCACCAUCAGCGUCCUGGCCGCCGAGUCGGGCCUGGACGAGGCCAGGUCCGCACAGAAGCUCAUGUGGCUGGCCUCGGUAUACCUGCCGCUGACGAUGGUGACGGGCAUCUUUGGCAUGAACAUCAGGGAGGUGAAUGACUCACUGCUGCCCUGGUGGGCCUGCCUGCUCGCCUUGGUGGCGAUGGUCGGGUUCACGGGCACGAUCUUGUUCGUUUUCGACAAGAUGGCGGACAGAAGGCGGGGCAACAAGGGCUAUAGCAUUGAGGUGCGAAAACUGUCGUUAUCUUCACUGAGCCCAUAAGGCUCUGAUACGAGGUCUGGUGCGAGAAUAGUGGAGAGAGUGCAGGGAAUGAGCCAAUAUGGUCGUUUCUAUUCGGGGAUACUUUCUUCGUCACGUGAAGGAGUAGCACUUAUAGAGGACUCGUGAUCGACUUAGUUAUCUGCCAAUCCCGCGCGAUUAAGGAUUAUCUAGGUACUUUAUGAGCGCCAAGAAAGCGUCGGACGCCUUAUAUCAGG